AUGUCACCGAAACGUUUGAGGCACGAUUCCUAUCGGGUGGCGUGGAUCUGUCCUUUGGAGGUGGAACAGAUCGCGGCAAUGGAGAUGCUGGAUGAACGCCACUCACGUCUACCGCAACCGAGCGAGGACUCCAAUGUUUAUAACCUCGGCAGCAUCAACAACCAUAACGUCGUUAUCGUCGGUCUUCCCCAGGCGGGGAACUGCCCCGCAGCCACUGUCGUCACUCAAAUGAGGAGGACAUUCAAAAACCUCAAAUAUGGCUUGCUAGUAGGGAUUGGAGGCGGUGUCCCAGUAGAGACGGUUUGUGGGAGGAUCCGUCUAGGGCAUGUCGUGGUCAGUGAACCUAGAGGCACACACUCUGGAGCAAUACAAUACGAUCAUGGAAAGGCGAAUGCAGGCUAUUUUGAACGGACAGGGUCCCUUGCGCCUCCGCCACCAGCGCUCCUUAACGCUGCACGAGAGUUGUCUAUCUCGCGUGAACUAAUAGAUAAUGAUCCAAUUUCCGAAAACGUGAAGAAAAUCCGAAUUAGCAAACGAAGGCCCCGUCGCUUCAAGUUUCCUGGCGCUGCAAAUGAUCAUCUCUAUUUAGCAGACUAUAAACACCUGCAAAAAGGGUUAUCGUGUGAAGACGGCGGAUGUGAUAAGGAUCAGCGGAUCCCGCGACCGAUAAACGAGGAAGACGAUUUGUUUGUUGUCGUACACAGGGGUACAAUAGCAACGGGGGAAAAGGUGAUAAAGGAUGCUAAGGAGAGGGAUAACUUAGCGGAGUCGUAUACGGUGUUAUGCUUUGAAACUGAGGCCGCGGGGGUCUUGACUGAUUUCCCAUGUAUGGUUAUUCGAGGUAUCUCCGACUAUUGCGACUCGCACAAGAACGACGAAUGGCAUGGCUACGCGGCGGCGGUAGCAGCUGCUUAUGCAAGGCAGUUGUUUUUCCAUAUGUCUAUUGAAGAAGCACAAAGACCUACCGAUUUCAAGCUCCAGUUCAGCCUAUCCGGGCUAUCCGAAGUGAGCCACUUUGUUGCAAGAAAGCAUGAGCUCCAAAUGGUGCAAAAGGCCCUACAAAAGCCCCUAGAGGGAUUUGAACGUCGCACUGCUGUCGUUCAUGGGUUAGGUGGCAUGGGCAAAACGCAGUUAGCGAUCGCCUAUAUUAAGCGACAUCGGCUUGACUACUCAGCGGUAAUAUGGAUGAACGCGAGAGACGAAACUGGGCUAAAGCAAAGCUUUGCUCGCGCAGCUGAGCGGAUUCUACACCACUACCCGUUUAUCACAUACCUUGCGGGUGCCUUGGAGAGCCGGGAUCUAGACGAGAUAGUGAAAGCGGUUAAAAUGUGGUUGGACGAGCCGAUGAAUGAUCGCUGGUUGGUCAUCUAUGACAAUUACGACAAUCCGUUAUUAGAUGACCAUACAGGGAAAAGCAUAAGCCAUGCUUCCUGUAUCGAGGCAGGGGCAGGUCCGUGGGGCGAUGAACGCAGACACCUUCCGAGUGCUUUUGAUCUUCGUGCAUUUCUGCCCGAGACCGACCAUGGCGACGUUAUCGUGACCACGCGCUCAUCGGUGGUAAAUCUAGGCCAGGCUAUCCAGUCUAUUCACCUAAGCAAGCUGAAGGAUAUCAACGAUAGCCUCGAGAUCAUUGCGUCCGUUUCUGGUCGUGAUGGUUUAAGCCUUGACCCGACAGCUUUUGAUCUUGCAAGACAGCUUGAUGGGCUUCCGCUAGCCCUUGCAACUGCUGGCGCGUACUUAAACCAAGUUUCGAUAACCUACACUGAGUAUCUCCAGCUACACCGUGAAUCAUGGCGGCAAUUACAGGAAGAGACGCCGCAGCUACAGGCAUACGAUUAUGCGUUAUACUCAACAUGGAAUGUUUCGUACCAGUUUAUUCGGCAGCAGAGUCCAAUUGCAGCUAUGCUUCUCCGACAAUGGGCCUACUUCGCUAACGAAGACCUAUGGUAUGAGCUGCUGGGAGAAAGCGGGCCUGGAAAGCCGGAAUGGCUAGAGAAACUGACGGAAAAUAAGCUUACAUUCCAUGCAAUCCUUAGACUUUUAUGCAGUCAUGGGCUUGUAGAAGCUGAUCAGUCCACACCGGAGCUCGUUGACUCGCGAGGGUAUAACGUGCACCGGUGCGUCCAUUCGUGGAUGAUGUACGUGUUGAACGAGGUGGUUGACAGGGAUAUGGCUUUGACAGCGAUAAAAUGUGUGGUAGCUCGUGUGCCGAAUGAUAGUGAACCCAAAUUCUGGCUCGUACAGCGGCGGCUUAUUGCACAUGCAGAUCGAUGUCGCGAGCUAUUGGGCGAUAUAGAUGUUGACAAUGAAGCUGAGGGGUUACAUUCUUUAGGCCUCCUCUAUGCAGAUCAAGGCCGGCUCCAGGAGGCCCAGGCGAUGUACGAACGAGCACUCAAAGGCAAGGAGAAGACUUGGGGACCUGAGCACAUGUCGACGCUAGAUACCGUUAACAAUCUUGGCGGCAUCUACGCGGAUCAAGACCGACCCCAGAAGGCAGAGACAAUGUACGAGCGAGCACUCAAAGGCUACGAGAAGGCGUGGGGACGUGAGCACAUGUCGACGCUAGAUACCGUCCACAACCUCGGUAAUCUGUAUAGGAACCAGGGCCGGCUCCGAGAGGCAGAGGCAAUGUAUAAGCGAGCACUCGAAGGCUACGAGAAGGCGUCGUUGGGGCGAAAGCACACGUCGACGCUAGAUACCGUUAAUAACCUCGGCCUCCUCUACGCGGAUCAAGGCCGGCUCCGAGAGGCAGAGGCAAUGUACGAGCGAGCACUCAAAGGCUACGAGAAGGCGUGGGGACGUGAGCACACGUCGACGCUAGAUACCGUUAACAACCUCGGCCUCCUCUACGCGAAUCAAGGCCGGCUCCGAGAGGCAGAGACAAUGUAUAAGCGAGCACUCGAGGGCAAGGAGGAGGCGUGGGGACGAGAGCACCCAUCGACGCUAAAUACUGUUAACAACUUCGGCAAUCUCUACAAGAACCAGGGCCGGCUCCGAGAGGCAGAGGCGAUGUACGAACGAGCACUCGAAGGCUACGAGAAGGCGUCGUGGCGACGAGAGCACACGUUCACGCUAGAUACCGUCAACAACCUCGGCAAUCUCUAUAAGAACCAGGGCCGGUUCCGAGAGGCAGAGGCAAUGUACGAGCGGGCACUCAGAGGCUACGAGAAGGCGUGGGGACGAGAGCACACGUCGACGCUAGAUACCGUCAGCAACCUCGGCAAUCUCUACGCGAAUCAAGGCCGGUUUCAGGAGGCAGAGACAAAGUACAAGCGAGCACUAGAAGGCUACGAGAUGACUUUAGGGCCGACGUCUGUUUUGACCUACAUCCCGGCUUUGGUCACGCUUGAGAACUUGGGCCUCCUCUCUGAGAAGCAGGGAACGAUUAAGAAUGCUCUUUUCUACUACCAGUGGGCUCUGGAGGGUGCUGAGGCUGAGGAUUUCGAUGAAGAACCUGUUGGCCUCGCAGCGAUGGAGCAGAGUCCCGAAGACGCUGGGUACUCACCAAAGCAUGCCACCACGUUUGAGGAAGAAGAGAGCCUCACUCAGCUAUUCGAAUAUACGCUGUCUGAAUGGAUGUGA